CCGAAUGGAAGGAUUUUAAAUUUAUAUAAUCCACGAGGCAUCGCAAAUAUUGUUUUUUUUUCACGGUCGCGAUCAUCUACUUCGAUCUGCCUGCACCUGGACAUAAGAACCAAAGAGGUGAAAAAGUGGGCACGGCGUAGAUAGUCCAGACCCUAAUCGAUCCUUGGCAGGGGAUAAACGUCGCGUUUGGUGACACUAUUAAGCCGUCGAUAGUCUACACAGAAGCGUAGUGUAUUGUCCUGCUUUUUAACUAACACUACGGGGGACGUCCAUGGACUUAUGAACGGCUGAAUAAGGUCAUCAUUAAUCAUAUCUUGAACAUGGUGCUUUAUCACCUCCCUUUGCGUAAGCGAAGCGUGGUACGGAUGUUGACGAACAGGGCGUACUGACUCGUACGCAGGAAUUCGAUGCUUAGUAACGGAGGUGCGCCGUACUUUUGACUCGGUAGAGAAGCAGGGAGAGACGCCAUUGACAAGGUCGAGUAGAUGCUGUUUCUGUCCUUCCAAUAAGCCGGAGUUAAUCUGAAUGCGGUCGCUCAGAUCGACCGCUUCCGAUGAAUUAGGCGAAGCAGUUCCGAGCAAGGCGACAUUCGUGAAUGCAGAAAUUCUGUGGAGGAAGGCGACAGCUGUGCCUUGCGCUGACAAAUAUUGCUGAGCCAAUCUUCAUUAAAGAAAGGAACUAUGAGACAAACACUCCAUACCGCUGUCACUCGGCUCAGAAGAUUUCACAGCUGUAUGACGGUUCUUUCUGGUACAACCUUAACAUACGGACUCUUACGAGAGCCGGAUACCAAUACUACACUUUUCCAAACAUUGCUAUUCCAUUCCGGACGGGACAGCAUCUAUACCCCAAUGCUCUGUUGUACAGGUUUACUCCAGUGCACGCUGAAGUACUUCGCAAGAUCUUGACCAUAAACAAGCGUCUUGGCUGUGCAGUCUUGGUUGAACAGCGCAGUGAUGGUACGAAAGGAUGCCAACUAGUGCAGACAAGCAGCACGGUUGACUACCCAGUUCCACAACAAUGUCAAAGGGCAUACGACAUGAACUGCAAAGGAAAGAGCAUUACGCUUUAUGAGCCGAGCUGCAAGAUUCGCUCGCAAUACUUAUCCCCCUACUAGCACUUUUAAAUGCAUGUUGUUCGUGAGGCAGGUCGAUUACCAUCGAUGCCUUGCUCGCAACGUCUUGAAUAACUCCUACACGAAGCUUCAAAACGCUGCCUGCUGUUGACUUACCAGAUAGGGUUGUGGUAAUAAAAGCCUUCACUUGUUCA